AGCUGGUCUCAGGACCCCAAGUGACCUCCCUUCCUUGAGCCCGAGACUCUAUCCCUUCUCUAGCUGCCUGGCCCUCCUCACCCCCCCUCCCCAAGUAACCCCGCCCAGCAGGCCCUGCCCAAGCUGCUGCCACCGACCCACAGGCCCCGGGUCCGCACCCCACACUGGCGGCAGGGCUGUCCUGACAGCGGGGACGGCCAGUUGGUUCCCUUCAGGGGCACGCGCCUCCCCCUGCACCCACCCCUGUAACCCGAGCCGCUUCAGCGCCUCCCCGCGCAGCCCCACUGGGCCCUAGGCCCCGACAGCGAGUCCGCAGGCGCCAUGGGCCUCGGGGCCUGCGUGUCCUCGGCGGCGUCGGGGGCCCGAGCCCAGGCUGGCCGGCUGGGAGCUGUGCUGGGUGCCUUGUGCCUGCUGCCCGUGCUCAUGAUGCUGGCCCGGCUGGGGGCCCCCUCGGCCCGGCUGGCAGCCAGCGCAGUGCAGGGAGAUCUCGCCGCACCCAAUCCCGCGGGUGUCCUCGCUACCCCGGGACCUGGUCCUCUGCCCCUCCAGGCGCCCCGCAGACGCCGCUACACGCUGACCCCCGCCAGGCUGCGCUGGGACCACUUCAACCUCACCUACAGGAUUCUCUCCUUCCCACGGAACCUGCUGAGCCCCAGUGAGACCCGGCGGGGCCUGGCCACCGCCUUCCGCAUGUGGAGCGACGUGUCCCCCUUCAGCUUCCGAGAGGUGGCCCCCGAGCAGCCCAGUGACCUCCGCAUAGGCUUCUACCCCGUCAACCACACGGACUGCCUGGUCUCUGCCCUGCACCACUGCUUUGACGGCCCGACAGGCGAGCUGGCCCACGCCUUCUUCCCCCCGCACGGGGGCAUCCACUUCGAUGACAGCGAAUACUGGGUCCUGGGCCCCACGCGCUACAGCUGGAAGAAAGGCGUUUGGCUCACCGACCUGGUGCACGUGGCGGCCCACGAGAUCGGCCACGCGCUGGGCCUGAUGCACUCGCAGCACGGCCGGGCUCUCAUGCACCUCAACGCCACGCUGCGUGGCUGGAAGACGCUGUCGCAGGACGAGCUGUGGGGGCUGCACCGACUCUACGGCUGCCUGGACCGACUGUUUGUGUGCACAUCCUGGGCACGGAGGGGGUUCUGUGACACCCGCCGGAGACUUAUGAAGAGGCUCUGUCCCAGCAGCUGUGACUUCUGCUACGAGUUUCCCUUCCCCACGGUGGCUGCCACUGCACCGCCACCCAGGACCAAGACCAGGCUGGUGCCCGAGGGCCGGAACGUGACCUUCCGCUGCGGCCAGAAGAUCCUCCACAAGAAAGGCAAAGUGUACUGGUACAAGGACCAGGAGCCCCUGGAAUUCUCCUACCCUGGCUACCUGGCGCUGGGCGAGGCGCAUCUGAGCAUCAUCGCCAACGCCAUCAACGAGGGCACGUACACGUGCGUGGUGCGCCGGCGGCAGCGGGUGCUCAGCACCUACUCCUGGCGGGUCCGCGUGCGGGGCUGAGCGCCCGCGGGGCCAAGACGGCCGAUAAAGCACU